GCCUCAUGCCUUGUAUUUUCGACUUGCGAAGUUCCAAUACACAAUACACAUAAUAAAUUCAGAGUAAUUUGCAGUUAAAAUUAUAAAAGUGCGAGGGGGGUAAUUGUUACUCCAUUCAGUUAAAUUGAUAUUUACUUAACCCAGGGACAACUUGUUCGUUCCUACAUUUUGAGGCAGGUGAUGAUUCCCAAGACUCCGAAAAAAAUUCCACUCGGCCGCAAGAUUAUAGGGGGAUUGUUCAUUUUUGAAGCAGUUUGUUUUGGGGUCACAUAUUUUGUCUACGCAAAGGCCAACAGGGACCGAGAUUUUCGCUUCCAGUUGAAGGAACGAUUCCCUUGGCUGUUGGAAAAGUACUAUCAACUUGGCGAAUUGGGAAAGAAAGAAAACAUUGUAAUUCGACAAACAGACAACCAAACUUGGGCUUUGGCAAAGCCAGAAUCCAAGGAUUUCUGAGUCAAAAAGAUUAGCAUUUUGAUUGCCUAAUUUACGUCCAGAGUUGUAAAUUUUUGAAGUUAUGUAUGGAAAAGCCCUUAAAUAUUUAGUACUUUGGACCGGAGCUGGCUUUGCGCUUAUGGCGAUAGUUAAACCCAGUCCCCAAGAAGUAAAUAAGGUUGUUAACUAAAUUAAUAAUCCUAAUUUAAUCCCCUAUCUAUUGCUACAUCUUCUUGCAUGUCUUUUGUAACGUUGUCAGAUAAGGGAAUACUCGAGCAAAACACAAGGAUAUUCAGACGUGCUCAGAGCUGCUGCUGACCCCAACUCAAAACCGAUUUAUUUACAAAAACCUGGCGAACAGUUUUUGCCCAGAAAUAAUAAUCAAAGCUCUUCACCAGUCAAGUGAACAUUUUUGUAGUCUUUAGUUAAUAGUGCUAGAGACAGUUUAAACCAAUUAUACUUGGUAUUCAUAUGUACAUUAUGUAGGAGAUUACUGUGGCUUACUGUGGUAUUCGUCCUAUUGUUAACAUUUAAAAGUGCACUUUGUAGUCGUAAUAGCUAGUUGUCUAACAAGUAAAAUCUAAAAUGGGUGACGCUCCUCCAGCAGCUUCCACCACUCACAAUCAGUCCAAGUUGUCCGAGGAAUUUAUGGCUAUCUUCAAUAAGCAAAAGAACGAGUUAUCAGUAUCAAUUGACAGCUUGUCAACCGAUUCUACUAACGCGAAUGAGAAGCUAACCGAAAUUCUCAAUGGCAUCCAAAAUCUGAACAAAAUCUUACAUGAUGCUUCUAUGUUUCUUCCAUCUUACUCCAUCAAGAUGAGACAAAAUGAGAUUCGAGAUUUGGAAAAGUCGUUGAAGAAUAAGGACGAUGAACUAAUUCCCAAGAAAAGGUUUGGAUUCAAAUCAAAGCCGAAAGAAGGACCAGUUAUUGAAAAUUCCACUGGUGCUACUCCGAAAUCUGAUUCGCUCGAUGCCUCUAUAAAACUAAUCAAGAGCACUGUAGAUUCAAAUUUUAUAACCAUUGAGAAUCUGGAAAAUACAACAUCCGUGCUUGAAGACGACAAGGUGUCCAGAACUGAUGUUCUCUUACGGAACUUGACAAAUGUUGUGAUUUAUUUGCACGGCAGUCCAUCCACCCUUCGAAUCACUAAUAUCAAAAAUUGCAAAAUAUUAUGCGGUCCAGUUUACACUUCUGUGUUUGUGGAGUCCUCCGUUGAUUCCGUGCUAUUCCUUUGCUGCCAACAACUUCGGACCCACUCAUCGAAAAACACUGACAUUUAUCUUCGGGUCCGAUCUAGAGCCAUAAUUGAAGAAUGCAAUGGAAUUAGAUUUGGUCCAUACAUUUGGGAUCAUCCUUUGUCUAAUAAGUUGCACCAAGCUACGCAAAUUGAUUCGGACUUGGAAAGAUUUGAUGCUGUUGAUGACUUUAAUUGGCUGUCAGCAUCCCAUUCGCCAAAUUGGAGCAUUGUUCCCGUCGAAGAACGAAUAACUUUUCCAUCUUUCUCAACAAACAACCCACACAAUUUUGAUGACAAGUACUAAGUAGAGAUAAAUCAAAGCUGAAAUGGAAGAAACAAUUGAGUAUGACAUCAAAAUAUUUGUUGCAUUAAUUAGUAGUCACAUUAAAAUAAAAUAAUCAAGAUUUUCAA